ACCCUACAAUAAUACAUACAUGACUGAAGGUGAUUUAAAAACAGUUCCUACUUCAUCGAAUUACAAAAAAGGAGAAUGAACAAAUGUGACGGUAAAAUUAUGAGCAGCCGUAAAGAAAUGUAAAUGUUAUCAGAAUAUUUUCAUAGCUACUCUCAGGUAUUGUUUUUAGAAAAGGUUAAACUGGUUAUUUGUCUAACCUGACUUUUUAAAAAUUAACUUGACUCAGAGCUGAAAACGGCUCUGAGAAAAUCACCAGGACAAGAACGCUUCAGCAUUUUGCGCAGAUAUCAGAGGUAAAAACAAUAAAACAAUGUAUACAGUGAAGCGAGAGAUAAUUAGUUUAAAAGUAUCCAACGGAACUAUUAACAUGAUACACCAAAUUACUAUUUCACUUAAAAUAAUAACAUCUCCCUCGAAAAAGCUUUAUAGUAAAGUCGUAAGAAACAGGAGGUUAGACUGUAAUACAUGCUGUGAGUGCGGCACAGACACCCAUCAGUUCUGGUUUAGUCCCAGUAUCCUGUCCAGUAAACACUGGGUGGGGUCCAGUUGGACUCCUGCGGGUAUUACUGCCUUGAAAAAAGCCUCUGCAAGAGAUUUUCUUCUCAAACUGAGCGAUAAUAUUUUCCUAAUGUGGCUUUAACACUCCGUCGUGGGUUUUUACGCACACAGGUACACGUGUAAAUAAAAAGUCUGCGAGUAUUUUAGUUUCAUAAGCGCUGCCUGUUUCAAAGAAAAAUGGUGCUUUGGCGCAAUCGGUAUUUAACAAGUAGAAGUCCAGUGAAUCACAGCUGUGAGUAGUUUUAGUGGAUGCGUUACAGCCAGCCCGCGGAACAAGAAGUGAGGAGAAACACCUGGUUCAGGUUACGGAAAUAACAGCCAAGUCAGAGUUCCGCAUAAUUUCAACACUGAAAGAAUUUGACAGGACAAAGUGUCCUCGGUGUGUUUGUACAGAGGACAGCAGCUGGAAGGCGAUGGGAAACUGGGAAAGCUUCAGACGAGACGACAGGGAGUCCAGAAAGGAGCCGGUUGGAAAAGAGCCCAACGUACCAGAAAUUACAGUGGCUGAAGCGUCGCCGCUCGCUCCAGAGAGAUCUUUCUUUAGCGUACCCGGGCCUGCACACACCGGUAGGACGGGGCAGGUACUUACUGCUGCUGAGCAGCAGGCUGAGUCACAGGAAAGCCUGAGCGCAGCAGAGGGGCUUAGUGUGACCAUGUGCAGAAAGUCUGCAGAGUCCCAGCACAGGUCUCCCUUUGGCCCGCCGGAGUCACAGGAGGAGGAGCGCGUAGAUACGCACAGUUUGUCUGGAAGUGACGAUAACAGCACCCCGAGAGGGAGUCGCAAGCAUUUCAUAGAGGUCAUGAUGAACAGCUCCCCAGGGAUUCGGCGCUCUUUUUACCUGUCCCCCAGGGCUGAAGCUGACUCCACCUCUAUGGUUUCCUCCACCCUGGAUGAAGACAGGACAGCUGUAGCCUUGGAGCCUAUGGAGCACGAGUGGAUGAUGUGCGCUUCAGACGGGCAGUGGAGCAGCUUGCAUCGCCUCCUCACCGCAGAACCCAGCCUCAUCCUGAAGAAGGAUUUUGUGACUGGCUUCACCUGCCUGCACUGGGCCGCCAAGCACGGCAAGCCUGAGCUCAUAGCCAUGAUUAUUAAUUUUGCCAAGCUGCACAACAUUUCUGUUAGUAUUGAUAUUCGAUCCAGCACCGGCUACACACCUCUGCACAUCGCCGCCAUGCACGGUCACGUGGAGGUGGUCAAGCUUCUGGUCAGAACCUACAAUGCAGAUGUGGAGAUCAGAGACUAUAGUGGGAGGAAGGCCUGCCAGUACCUCACCGACAACGUGAGCGUGGAGAUACGGAGCAUCGCUGGAGGCUGUGAGUGCUCUGCAGGUGAGAACUCUCAUCUCAGGGACGGAAGACGCUGGAGGAUCUCUAACAUGAAGCCCCUCAGCCAGCUGAACUCCAACGAUUGUGCUUCUGGGGACAGUGAGGGCCAACCCAGGGAAAUGCCCCUCUGGAGGAAGUCCUCACUGAGCAGGAUGAAGCCCAAACUGCAGAAGCUUCGUGACAGGACAUCCCAGAUCGUGCACAGCACUUCAUUCAAAGAUAAAGAGCAACAGGGAGGGUCAAAGAGAGCCUCUAGAUCCAGAGCCAGGAGCCACUUCUUUGGGUCAGAUCAGUACUGACCCAGGAUGUGGUGGAGCACUACCUAUAUCUCCCAGCUUAUUUUCAUCCAUCGUUAUUGCAAACGACCUUUCACUGCAGUGUCUGCUUGACUUGACUGAACAUCGUGUUGAUUCAAUGGGAACGUGAAAAACAUGCUUUACUAGCUUUGGAUUAUCAGACGGGAACUUCUCUGUGUGGUGAAUAUAUGAAGCAGCUUUCAUGGUUACUGUGGCCCGCUGAAGGUUGUGGGGUCAGUGGAGGUGGACAUGAGCGAGUGUACUUUUAACGGCUUUUCUCUCCUUUUAGUUUUCUUUAUGAAAUAAACUAAGGGAACAGUAAUGAUCAGCUCCAUGAUGUACAACAAACGCACACUGUGUGUUCACAACAGUAACUGCUAUUAGCCUUUAAAUCAGAUCACAG